ACAACGAACAACGACGUCGUGCACAUUUUGUAUCCAGCGACUAAAGGAUGUGAGGAGGAACCUUCAUACCGCGCCCACCAUGCCGAGACUUGUGCGCCGAAAACCACUCUUGGAGCGGAUAAAGGACUACUUAAAUCCUGGCGAUUUUCUAUUAUGGCUCUCCGAAGAAUUCGAGACGAGAGACUGGGAUGCAAAACAGCUUGGAGCUCCUGUCGCAUUGGGUUUACAUGUUGUGCUUCUGGUUGCAAGGGCAAACAGUGGAAGCUCUGGGAGCAGCGGAGCUGAUGAUGUGUUUGGAGACGUGAGCUCGGGAUCUGGCUGGUUAAGCUACAUAGCUACCUUCAUUGUGUACUUGCUGGGCUGCUUUUCUAUUGCCAACGCAAUAUAUACAUUUUUCCGAACCCGGCAUUAUCGUUUGUUCGAGACACCGAUUGAUACUCCUCAGAAUACGCCCUCUGCACAUCGAGUGCGCGUUGAUUCUUCUCCGGCCUCUUCAUCACCACUUCGGCUCCUUACGAGCAUACUUGGGGACACUAGUGCCGAAUCCAGAGCUCACCCAGAUCCUACACGCGAUGUUUGGGAGCUUGCAGUUUGGGAUCCAGUGCCCAUAUGCCUUCGACUAUUUUGCUUUUUCAGCCCCGGCCAUGUGCUGGUAUAUUUGCUGUUCCUCCCUACCACAUCGUUAGAUCCUCGACCAAGUAUGACUGUGUUCACAACAAUAAUUCUCGAGAUACUGAUAUCUUCACAAUUAUUGCUCCUCCAGUCAAGCUUCUCCCAGCAGGAGAAAGAUUCGGCCAUAAUUCAUAAGGAGGUUAUGAGCGAAUACGAUAUCAAAUACGUCCAUCCCAGAAUGAAUCCUCUUGUCCGUGAUGUUGGCACGCAAAUUUCAGCUCCCAUCUCUGAAGAUAAGAACGGGGAAGGAGGCGUUGACACCUAUACACCAACGGUUAUACUCAAACGAGAGUUUCGUACCCAUCCGAACCCCAAUUAUGCCAAACAUAUCGAUCCUGACAACGCUCCUGGAGCCUCUCAAAGAUUGUUCUCUCCGGCUCCGUCAUAUACACCUUCCGCGUACAACUCUCGAGAUCCUACGCCACUCACAGGCUUGACACCACGUCCUGCUAUUCGUCAGCCCCAGUUCCGACAAACCUCAUCUGUAGCUGUUUCUACAGGCACAAGUACCGGUGAUGGUGGCAGCUUGGGCAUAUAUAGUCACGCCAACUCCCCUCUUAAGAAAGCAACGAGCAUGUUCGAUGUGCAAGGGAGAGGGCGUCGUGACGCACCGAGGAACUCCUUUGAUAUGGCAGGAAGAGAAAUCCAAGAGCAAAGGGAAAGGAGUAGAAGCCCGACCAAAAGACUAAGUGAGAUAACCGCUCCAAACUUUCCAAAAGGUAGAUCACUAUUUUCAGAAAUCGGUGAAGGGAGACGAACGAGUGCUCCUAUUGAUUUUGGAGCGAGAUCGAGGCCUGGGACCCAUGACAGGUCUCACUCAAGGGGACCAUCGAGAUGGUGAUAUAUGGAUUUGUGUGGGGGGGGGGCAUUGGCAGGCGUUCUUUUUUGUCAUAGGAUGUGACCUUUGAUU